AGGAUAUGAAAGAGGAAGGGUAGAUUGGAGAAGUGCCAUCUGUUGGCAUUGUGGUCAGAAGGGCCACACAAUUAAGUUCUGUCAGGUCCGAAAGAGUGAUGAAAAGGAUGGCCUGAUGAGCUCAAGCUAUGAUGGUGAUUUUUUCGACAUGUACGGUGAGUGCAUAGACCCGAGAAUCCCAGGGGGGAUACGGGAAGAAGCUCUACGCCGUGCUAGUGCCCCAGCUCCACCAGCUCCUCCGGCCGCUUUCCGUAUUUGGCAGGAAGUAGAAGACCGUCAGGGUGUGAGGAUAGAGGAGAUAAGCGAGAAUGAAGAGGUUGAGCAGAGAUUGAGGGUCGGCACCAAAAAGGAGGAGUCUAAAGUGGUUGAAUCCGACGACGACGAGCAAGAUGGUGGCCACGGAAGGGCAAGAGACACGAUGGAGAGAAUGGAGGACCUGCUGGCAAAAAUCGGAAGGUACCAGGAUAAGCUGACCACUCUUUGUGAGAAGGUCAACAUGUGGAAAGGAGAGUUACCAUUGGUGUACCGUAUUGUUUCAGGCCCAGGGGCACAAGGUGGAUGUGGAAAUCUGCCCGGAGUGACUGUCACGGCGCCAACUCCUAGGUCUGGGAUGACCUUCAGGCCACCGUUAAGAGCCGGAAGGGCGGUUUUGGCAACACGUACUAGAUCGAAGGGAGCGCCCGACUCAAGCCAGCCCACUCAGGACAGCCCGGGACCCUGUGAAGAGAAAAAGAUGGUAGAUAUUCCAGAGGAUGACGAGGACGAGGAUGAAAAGUUAAGGAAGGAAGAGGACAAGAAGGCUGAAGAGAGAGCCAAGAAGAGGGGCGCCAAAGCGAGCGCUGAUAAAGAGCAGGAGGGAAAGAAGAGAAAGUAUAAGGUCAGAAUGGGGGAGGGGUUUGACGUUGAAGGAAUGGUCGAUCGACUCCUUGAGGGCCAUAACGACCUAAUGAACUUAAAGGAUAUCCUCGCUUCCGUUCCAAAAUUGAGGGACGAGUUGAAGGCUCGAUUGUCCAGAAGGUUAGUAGCAAGUGUGCGCUUGGGAACCAUUAUCCCCAAGGAAAGGAAAUGGGCAGAGACAGGCACGAAGAUGGAUUGGAAGUCCGUCGCUUGUGGAUGCUUGGACGUAGUAGUAAAAGGAAAAAUGUGCACGACAAUGGUGGAUACUGGGGCGGAAAUGAACCUCAUAAAAGAGGAGCAUGCUUUACGCCUGGGGAUGGAGAUUGAUCGCUCCGAUAAUGGAGUUUUAAUGAGAGCGAAUAGUCGGCCUGUGUUCAUAGGGACCGCAUCGAGAGUGGUUUUGGAGAUUGGCAAGGUUAAAGUGAGAAGCUGUUUCUUUGUGAUGCCCGAUCUCGACCAUCCCAUCCUAUUGGGCCGAUCUUUUUUGAGCCGAACGGAGACCGUCAUACUGAAUAAGCAUGAUGGGACAAUGUUCCUCGUCUUAUGUGACCCGGUAUGUGGCAACUAUGAGGUUAUCACAUGCAAAAAUACGGGGCCACGAAGUAUAAGGAAUAKGCCCAAUCCUGGCUCUUUCACGAUUGAGGAAUCGGAAGAAGAAAGGAAGAGGCUAGGAGGAGAUGAGUUUGAAGAAGAAAGGAAUCCGGAAGCACUGACUCUUAGCCUGACCAAUAUAGGCGAUGCUAUGGACAUAGUGUCAACCUAUGGGAUGGCGGACAUGGAGGCCGUAGAGGCCUUGAGAGAAAAGGUGAUGGAACAAAUGGGUGAAGGAGAGGUGGAGCUGGUAGAAGGGCACGAGAGGUCGAUAGGUGGGAUAUACCUCUUGGCAAAUGCUCUGCUUCAAGACGAGGUGGCAAGGAUUGGGGAUCAGCGGCAAGAGGAGAGGAGGAGUGUGCAGAGAAAGAGGAAGGAGCCAGAAACUACAAACAGGAGAACCUCUGAGCAGGGCAUGACCUCAGGAGCUCAGAGGGAUGGCCAGAGGAGAGAGCACAGGUCCCAGAGGCAGGAGAGAGGGGAGGACCAUCAUAUUGGCAAGACUCAACAGAAAGAGGAGCAGACUGCAGAGAGGACCCAGAGGAGAGGGCCCUCAGGUGGAUCAGAUAUACCUCCUCACCUUGCUCAGGUACCUGAGACCACUCCUAGGUCAGGCAUGCAGCCAGAGACGUCUCAUAGGGCACAGGGUCAGGGAAAGGAUGAGGAUCAGGCUGCAAAAGAGAAGGAACAGGACAAGGAAGAGAGAGCGGCAGUAGAGAGAGAAAUCAGAGUCCAAAUCAGACUCAAGAACAUUGCGGAGCUGCACGAGAAGGUUGAGCAGGGAGAGCAGCCUGUGAUACUAGAAGGCAGAAAGAGGAAUGACUCACCUACUCAAGACGAUGAGACUCCUCUUUUCACAGAGGCUUGGGACAACUUUGAUAAGUUGUUGGAGGCAACAGGGAGGCCCAGGGAGCAGCAUCAGGAGAUGGGGGUUAAGCUGGUCUCUACAGACUUGCUUAGCCUGAAGGGCCUUACGAAGGAGGGUUUUGCGGCGGCCAAGACUUCUGAUGAAAAGAUGGAGAAGAGGUUAACAAGGAAGGAGUUGGAGAGGCAGGACAAGGAGAUGGAAGCCAUGAAGACUGAGGUGGAGAAGGCCUGGGCAGGCAACGAGGCCAUCAGACAGGUCAACCAGACCCUUAACAAGGUCAAUGACAAUCUGAGGGCCUACUUGCAGAUACAGCAGAACACCUUUCAAGUAAAGGAGGCGAAGUGGGAAAAGAGAAUCAUGGACCUUGAGGCCAAGUGUGCACAGCAGACACCUAUUGCAGUAGUAGACUGGACAGAGGUCCAGAGGUUUGAGAUCAGGAAGCAGCCUGCAGAAGAGGCCUUCAAGUGUCAGAAGGUGGAAGAGAGGGCAAACGAACAGAAGGAUGAGGAAAUCCCCCUACUAGAUAAAGAGAUGUUACAGCCUGAGGACGCCCUAGCAAGGAUGAAGUCACGAACCGGGGGGUUUGAGUGGAGGAUGCCCACAGUCUUGGCACAUGAGGCGAGGCCACUAGCAGAGGAUGCGAUGGAUGAGGCUGCACUUCCCAUGACUCAAGAGGAGACUGUGGGGAGACAUGAGUUUCAGGAGAGUGUGGGACAUGCCAUAGCUGAGGCUGAGGAGAGGGAGGAGCGGGAGGUCCCUCGGAAGACCCCACCAUCUCAAGAUAUGCCCCUAGUUGCAGGUCUGGAGGAUGCACUGGGACCUUGGGCCACUGGAUCCGGGGCAGAGGAACGAAUGAGUCAGCAGAUGGCCCAAACGGAUGAUAGAUCAGCAUGCCCCAUUCCCCCAGAGCACCCACAGCAGGAGGUCACCAGCGAGGCCACAGCAGCCCCCUCAUCUGUACCCUCCAAUGCAGCUGACAAGAUGGAGCAGAAAAAGUUUGGAAGAUGCUUCUACUGCAAGAGAGGCAAGCACCCACAGGAGGCCUGUCCCAAAAGCCUCAAGGAUGAGGCCGAUGGUUUGUUUUCAUGGGACCCAUCUGGCGUACGCAGGGACAGAAAUGGGAACCUGAUCCUGAAGACUCGUGAUGGGAUACGAGCGCAGUUGUAUAGGCAACUGCAGGAGGACAUGAGUGAUCAGGAGUAGGAUUUACGAAUAGGGUCCGGAAAAGUCUAGAUUCU